UUAGCGUGUCACCGAAUAUGCCCUCCCCCGAGGAAGAGGAGAGAAUCGCAGAGAGAGGGGGGCGGGGAGGGGGAAAUUGUAUCCUCGGGAACUCUGAAUCGCGGCAAUGGAAUCCAAGGCGCGAGUAGUAAUUCCAUCCUCCUCCUCUCUCUCCCUCCUCCUCUCCUCUCUCUCGCGCGGCCGGAGUAAUAUAUAGAGGGGAUGAGGGCUUGGAUUCGUUUCGCGAUGCCCUACGGCAAUUCCUCGCGCGCUUGUUCUUCCUGUUCUCCUUCGUAUUCUUGCGCUAGAUCGGCGCUGCGAUAGCAAGAAUUGGGGUGAGAAUCGGCAAUGCGGGAAACAGAGUGGGGUGUUUGACCACCGCUCUCCUCUCUCUUUUUUAUUCCUUGAUUGAUCCCCUCUCUUUCAAUCUCUCUCGCUUUCUCACAAUAUCACGGCAGCUGGGUCCGUGAUCCACGGCGGCCUCCUCUAGCGCGUCGAUUUCGUGUGGCCGGCCAGCGCAAUUCUCCCUCUCCCCCUUCCAAUCGCGCCAUUGGGGUUCUUGGUGGAAUUUCUCGCCAUUGCUGUUCUUGCGCUAAUGGUUAUAAUCGACCAACGCGUCUCUUCUAUGUCACCGUGGAGGCCAGAUCGUCGCGGCUCAAGAAUUGGUAGCUUCAGAUCUCCCAGGAUCCAGGGAUCAUCGCCACAAUUCCAGGUAAAUCACUGAGACUUCUUGUUUAGAGAAUCUACACGUACCACUACUACUACUACUACUACUGCUACUGCUCCGACUACUACUUCUCCGCCGAGAAUUUUUUUCUUCGAUCGACUGCAUCAUCCUUCUUCAUCAGCCAUACAUACAGUCUCGUCGGUUGAGUCGGCCCAUCAGAAACUAGAAAUUCUUCGCCAGCCAUCGCAGAUCUUCUCACCAGCCAGUCCAAAAAUACUUCCUUACGCCUCCCAAAAAUUUAACGCGCAGAGCAUCAUUCAAGUCCGACCGCUACAGAUCAAAUUCUUCUUCUUCCCGAGAGUCAAGUUCUAUAAAGAGCUCCCCUUGAAACGAUGGAUUGUGAAUCCAUCAAGCAAAUGGAAGCUCUCUUAGAACAAGCCGAUGAGCCUCUCCAGCGAUCUUUCCAGAAUAUGCAUCAAGGAUUCAAGGAAAAUAAUCUGGAGCGCUUUCUGCGAGCGCGGGAAGGCAAUGUCGUCAAAGCCAACAAGAUGCUUGUGGAUUCCUUAAAUUGGAGAGUAAGCAACGACAUCGACGACAUUCUCUCUAAACCGAUUGAGCCGAAAGAAUUGUACGAUGAAAUCCGAGAAUCACAGCUUGUUGGCAUGUCCGGAUUCGACAAGCAGGGUAGACCUGUCUUUGCUAUCGGAGUAGGACAUAGUGGCUACGAUAGAGCACCGCUUGACAAGUAUGUACAAUCGCACAUUCAGAUUAACGAAUACCGUGACCGUGUUGUUCUUCCAGCUGCGUCAAGGCAAUUGGGACGAUACGUAGGCUCGUGUUUGAAGAUUCUUGACAUGACUGGCCUCAAGCUAUCAGCUUUGAACCGGAUCAAGAUCUUGACGGUCAUUUCAACCAUCGAUGAUCUAAACUAUCCCGAGAAAACGGACGCGUACUACAUUGUCAAUGCUCCUUACGUUUUCACUGCGUGCUGGAAGGCUGUCAAACCAUUGCUGCAAGAACGCACGAAGAAAAAGAUCAAAGUUUUGCAAGGCUCGGGUAGAGAAGAGCUCCUUAAGGUCAUGGAUGCGAGUGUCAUUCCAGAGUUUUGCCGGCCAUCCAAAGAAUCGAGAGGGAAAACCACGCCGAUAGAGCCCAGCACUAGCUGCUUCUCAUCGUCACAUCCUUUUCACAUAGAGCUAUGGAGCUACAUCAAGCAGCGAGCUCUCGAGUCCCAAUCCAGGAAGUGUGGGCCAGCUCCAACUCUCUCUUUUCACGUCAAAGUCCCAGACAAAGCCUCGGAGGAGAGCUCGGAAGUCGUCCAGAUCAUCGAGUCGACGCUAGAGCACUUAAAUCUGGACGAGGAUGGUAGCGUUAGUGGUAAUGGUAGCACCAGCGGCAGUAACCAUGGUAGCAGCCACCAUGGUACCGACGACGAAGCAAGCAGCAAAGCUCGAGAGUGAGCAAAAAAUUUUCCCCAUCUUUCUCAAUUUCUUUUUCUUGCUUUUGACACCAACAAUGGUGAAGAAAGCCUUUAGAGCAAACACAAAAAUUUUCCAGCGUCU